AUGGCAGCGACAAGCAUAAGUGAGGACAGGCUGCAGUCGGGACACCGGCUGUCGCAUCCUCCGCCCGGAGACGAGGUCCUCAUCACAGGCGUGUCGGGAUACUUCCCCGACUCAGACUCCGUCAUACACCUGCAGGAAAACCUUUUUAAUAAGGUGGACUUAGUUAGCAAUGAUGCUCGUCGCUGGAAGCUGGUUCACUCUGAAAUCCCGCAUCGUACGGGCAAGAUCAACAACCUCAAUAAAUUUGAUGCGUCCUUCUUCGGUAUGAACCCCAAAGAACUCCGCGGUACAAAAGUCGGUGUGUUCAUUGGAACUUGCUUCUCCGAGUCAGAAAAAACAUGGUUCUACGAGAAAAUGCAGAUAAAUAGAUACGGUAUAAGUGGGUUGGGUUUAUUAUCUCCUGACGGUGCUUGCAAAAGUUUCGACAACAGUGCCAAUGGCUAUGUUCGUUCUGAAGCAAUUGUUAUUAUCUUUUUGCAGAAAGCUAAGGAUUCUAGAAGGGUUUACGCUCGGGUGGUUCACGGCAACACCAAUUGUGAUGGUUACAAAGAGCAUGGUACUAAAGUCGGUGAUCCUCAAGAGUUGCAGGCCAUUGAUGAGAUCUUCUGCGCCGGGCGCAGGGAUCCGCUAUUGAUCGGUUCCAUCAAGUCUAAUUUAGGACAUACUGAGCCAGCAUCUGGUCUCUGUUCUAUAGCCAAGAUGUGUAUUGCUUACAACACCGGCUACAUUCCUCCUAACAUUCAUUUUCAAACACCCCGUGAAGGAGUAGCAGCCCUGGCUGAGAAGAGGCUGGCAGUGGUCACUGACAAGACCGCUUGGGGCAGGGGUAUGUCAGGAGUCAACAGUUUCGGAUUUGGAGGCGCCAACGCUCAUGUUUUGCUGAAAGAUGUAGCUAGAGAAAAGGUUAACCACGGUCUACCUUCAGACAACUUACCUCGCCUCGCGUGCGUAUCAGGACGCACUAAGUCAGCAGUAGCUAGGAUCCUCGAUGAUUUGGAGUCCAGGAUAGUAGAUGUUGAUCACAUCCGUCUCCUGCAUGCUAUUCAUGAUAAAGACAUUGCAGGGCAUGAUUUUAGAGGAUAUACUGUGCUGGGUUCAACCUCUACCAAGAGCGUGUCUCUAGCGCGUGAGAUCCAGUACUUCUCAAGAGUACGACGUCCAGUGUGGUUUGUAUACUCAGGUAUGGGUUCCCAGUGGGCUGGUAUGGCCAAGGAGCUCAUCAAAAUACCCGUCUUUGCGAGCGCUAUUAAAAAGUGCCACAAAGCUCUAGAACCUAAAGGCAUCAACCUAACGAAGAUCAUCACUGAGAAUGACCCUAAAAUCUACGACAACAUCCUUAACUCCUUCAUUGGUAUCGCCGCUGUACAGAUCGGACUUACUGAUGUCUUGAAGACUAUUGGCAUUGAACCUGAUUACAUUAUUGGUUACAGUGUCGGUGAUUUUAGUUGUGCAUAUGCUGAUGGCUGUUUAACUGCAGAGGAAACUAUAUUAUCGACUUACAAUGAAGGUCUAGCAUUAAAGAAGAAAACUUUAAUCAAGUAUUCCAUGGCUGAUAUCGAUAUUGGAUACCAUCAGCAGGUGGUUAAGAAUUUCAAGAGAACACGUUCACAAAAGUGGGUGUCCACGCCAUUGCUGAACUCUCAAUAUAGAAGUACAAAGCUAUCUUCCAAAAGCCAUAAAGACGGUGUUAAGCAGAUCUUAGUACUCUUCGAGGAGACGUCUCGUCUGAUCCACUCUAACGCGAUCAUCAUCGAAAUCGCGCCCCACGGUGUGCUGCAAGCUAUCCUGCGCAGAUCUCUGAAGAAGGACGUCAUCAACAUUGCUUUGACACAAAAGGACCACCCGAACAAUGCCCAGGUUCUUUUCACUGCCAUCGGAAAAUUGUACAAGUCAGGUCUGAACCCACACCUUGCCAACAUCUAUCCACACGUGCCAUUCCCUGUGUCACAGGGUACGCCAAUGCUUGCCCACCUUGUUGAGUGGGACCACAGUGAGAACUGGUUUGUAACAUCGUUCAAAGAUGUGGACAAGAUGGAGAUUGGUGAGAGGACGGUUUUGAUGUCCAAGAAUGAUGAAUCUGAGUACAUGACUGGUUAUGUCAUUAAUGGUUGUAACUUAUACCCCGUCACGGGUUACCUGUUUUUGGUAUGGGAGACCCUCGGUAUGAUGAUGGGGGAACCCCACACUGAAGUAUCAGUAGUUUUCGAGAACGUGCGCUUCCAAAGAGCCACCAACAUUCCUAAGGAAAGUUCUCUGGAGUUUGCCAUCACAAUCCACAAGAAAAGUGGCAAUUUUGAGAUCUUAGAAUGUGGCGCUUCGAUUGUGACUGGUCGUAUCUACGCCAAGAAGAACGUCGGCCAAAACUUCAGGGUACUCCCAAACUUGCCAGAAGUCACUGGUCCCUCUAUCAAGCACUUGCUGACUAAAGACUUUUACAAAGAAUUGCGUCUCAGAGGAUACCAGUACAGCGGUCUAUUCCGUGGUGUCAUCGGUUGCAACGUUCAAUAUACUCGUGGACGUCUCUCUUGGGUCAACAACUGGGUCACUUUCUUGGACUGCAUGCUGCAGAUGAAGAUCAUCGGUCAAGAUACCAGAGGUAUCUUCGUACCUACCAGGAUUGAGAAACUGUCUAUUGAUGCUGCUAUGCACUAUAAUGCGACAUCAAAGAUGAAUUGUCACUCACACAUAAAGUCGUUCGAGGUUCGCGUAUACCCAGAUGUUAACGUUAUCAGGGCUGGUGGUGUUGAAAUCCAAGGACUACAUACUACGUCUGUAAUUAAAAGACAACCUCUGGAAGUACCAGUGUAUGAGAAGCACGAGUUUAUCCCCAACUUCGGAAAGUCUAAGAAGAUCGAAGAUAUCCUUCGCACAAACGUCCAGCUGGUUUUCGAGAACAUUCAAACACACAAAGUCAAAACUAUUGAGUUAGUCGAUGAAGAAUACAAAAAGAACGGUCUACAACCAAUCCUAGAAAAUGUUGGAAAAAUUCUUGCAGAUCUGCCUUUCGCUCUGGGCGACCUUUUGAUGAUUUCCAAAGACCCCUUUAAGGUUUCUUCAAACAUUACUGUUGAAAACAGAAAAUUGAUCGGAGAGAGUAAUGCAGUACUGUUCAUUGGUGCUAAUCUCCUUGGUAGACCUAGGGUUUUUCAACAAGCAGUCGAUACCCUUUGCGACAAAGCCUUCAUUAUGAGUCGCGAAAAGGAACAGCCCAACCUAAAGAAAUACUCCGACAAAUUUGACGUCGUAACAUUUAACGAUACCGGCUUUGAAUACUUGGUGCUCUUAAGAAAACGUGUAGGAGCCAGACCAGCCAAGUUUGUUAGAGUUUUGGCUGCUGAUAAUACUUUCUCGUGGGUGAACAGAAUCAAGAAGGAACUUAAACAAGGCCAAAAACUGGUCCUUUACGCCCAAGAUGAACAUAUCAACGGUCUUUUAGGAUUAGUGAACUGUUUGAGGAAGGAGCCUGGCGGUGAAAUUGUGCAUGGUCUCUUUAUUUCUGAUCCAUCUGCUCCUUCGUUCAACCCUUACCUGGAGUUUUACGAAGAACAGCUGAAUAAGGACUUGAUCUUCAACGUAUACAAGGACGGCCAAUGGGGCACUUACCGACACCUUCUUUUGAAAGACUUAGACACAGUACGCGCCAACCAUGCAUAUGUUAAUGCUCUUACCAUCGGAGAUCUUUCUUCACUGAAAUGGGUCGAAGGAACUAUCAGGGAAAACCAUGUCUAUAAGGAUAAAGAAAAAGUGCUAGUCCACAUCAUGUUAGGUAAGAUGAAACCCGGUGAAUCUAUCCUCAUUCACGACGGUUCUGGAGGAGUAGGUCAGGCCGCCAUCAAUGUGGCACUCCACUACGGCUGCGAGGUCUUCACAACCGUCAGUACCGUGGAAAAAAGAGCAUUCAUUAAGAAGCUGUUUCCACAACUUAAAGAUAGUCACAUUGGAAACUCCCGAGACACUUCCUUCGAAGACAUGAUCAGACGUGAGACCAACGGCAAGGGUGUCAACAUAGUGCUCAAUUCCUUGUCUGGUGACAAACUACAGGCGUCAGUACGUUGCCUGGCAUUCAGAGGUCAUUUCCUCGAGAUCGGCAAGUUCGACAUCAACAAUAAUACUGCCAUCGCCAUGUACUUUAUAUCAAAGGAAAUUACCUUCCGAGGCAUCACGUUGAACCAUAUCUUCAAUCAGGAUGUUAUGAUCAGGAAGCGCUUGCAAGAGCUGCUUCUGAGUGGCAUUAAUGAUGGUGCCGUCAAACCUCUGACUUACUGCACGUUUAAGGCCAACGAAGUGGAACAUGCCUUCCGUUACAUGGCUGCUGGCAAACACAUCGGAAAGGUGAUCGUCAAGAUUCGUGAAGAAGAGCCCAGCAGUCAUUCUAUCAGACCGGUUCCCAAACCCUUUGACGCUAUGCCAAGAUACAUUUGUCACGAAGACCACGUGUACGUUGUGGUUGGUGGACUCGGUGGCUUCGGUCUAGAGCUGGCUGACUGGCUCAUCAUGCGAGGUGGCAGGAAGAUCCUGCUCACGUCCCGCAGAGGUAUCACUAAUGGAUACCAGUCGUCGCGAUUGAGGGCCUGGGCAUCAUAUGGUGCUGAGGUUCAAUUUUCGACACACGACGUCUCAACUGAGUCUGGAUGCGAGAGAAUGCUUCUAAAGGCUCUUAACAUGGGACCUGUGCACGCUAUCUUCAAUUUGGCAGUCAUCCUGAGGGAUUCCAUAUUUGAGAACCAAACUUCCGAGGCCUUCAAAACGUCGUUCGCACCAAAGGCACUUGCUACUAUGAACUUGGACAAGCUGUCAAGGAAGCUGUGUCCAGAAUUAAAAGAUUUCGUGGUCUUUUCAUCCAUGUCCUGUGGUCGUGGUAACGCUGGACAGACAAACUACGGUUACUCCAACUCUGUGAUGGAGAGAAUUUGUGAAGAGAGGAAGAAGGUCGGUCUACCAGCUAUGACCAUACAAUGGGGAGCAGUUGCAGAUGUGGGUUUGGUAGCCGACACACAAGAAGAUGACGUCCAACUUGAGAUCGGAGGAACCCUCCAGCAGAGAAUAUCUUCCUGUCUGACUUCUCUCGAUAAGUUGAUGAAACAAAGCGCUCCUGUCGUGUCUUGUAUUGUAGUGGCUGAUAAGAAAGCUGGAAGCGUAGAAUGUGCCAAUGCAAUAGAUGCUGUUGCACAAAUAAUGGGUAUCAAAAAUUUGAAAUCGGUAUCGCAACAAACUUCUUUGGCGGAGAUGGGUAUGGACAGUAUGAUAGCUUUGGAGAUCAAAAAAACUUUGGAAACAGAUUUUGAGAUUUUCCUGAGAGUCUGCGAUAUUAAAAGUUUAACUUUCACCAGGUUGGAGAAGGAAGGUUUCAAGGGAACAGUAUUCUGUCUGGACGGUGCCCCUGACUUCCUCAACGCUCUCCUAACAAUGACUAUCAGCUUCAAGAACGACUUCCAACUGCAGAACAACUUGCUAUGUCACACCGUCGACAUCGUCGCCCCCAACAAUGACGUCACCAAGGGUCUGAUGGAGAAACUCAAUGAGAUCGAGUCUUACGAUGAAAGAGUGGCCUUGACCAUCAAGACAUCGCCAGUCCAGAGCAAGUACUCCGCCAAGUUCAUCGCAAACAUUGCCAGCGCUUCAUUCGACAGGCUGAAGACCAUCCUGGACUUCGACCCGAAGGCUUUCAGGAAGCUACAGUCUCCAAUCAUCCUCCUUCGUCCCAAAGAGAACCCGUCCUUCGUAGCUGUAGAAGAGAACUAUGGACUCGACAAGUACACAGAGAACAAUGUCACCGUACACUUCCUGGAGGGUAACCACGUCUCUAUCAUUGAGAACAAGGACUGUGCUAACAUCAUCAAUAGAGUUUUGGUUCAGAAUGGACCUUCAAUAAAAAAGAAGUAA